AUUUUUUUUAAGGUCUUCUUUGUUUCUUUUUCCCAAUUCAAAAUUAUAAAAUAAAGACAAACUGUAAUGUCAAAAGAAGCAGACGUGUCAAUAACAGCAACACAGGCUCUAGAAGUAUACACAAAAGGAACGAAAGCUUGGUUCCCUGACAAGGAGGAAGGUUGGGAACACAUAUUUGAGUCUACCUUGGCUAUUAUUGAAAAAACAAAUGGGUCUACUUUACCACCGCUUCGAAAUCCACCUAAAAUGGAAUACACAGAUGAUUUAACCAACUUGAGUUAUCUAAACGAACCUGCUGUUUUGAAUACCAUUAGAACAAGAUAUAUGCAACAUUUAAUUUACACCUAUUCCGGUAUUGUCUUAAUUGCUAUGAAUCCAUUCGAUCGUGUAUCACUAUAUGAACCUGAUAUUGUGCAACAAUACUCUGGAAAAAGACGCGGAGAACUUGAACCUCAUUUAUUUGCUAUUGCCGAGGAAGCAUACAGAUGCAUGAUUAGAGAAGAAAUUAAUCAGACUAUCGUUGUAUCUGGUGAAAGUGGUGCGGGUAAAACAGUGAGUGCCAAAUUCAUUAUGCGUUACUUUGCCACUGCAGAUGAUCAAGAAGGCAGUGCAAAGAAGAAGAAGAAAUCAGACGGGGCAAUGACUGAAGUCGAAGAGCAGAUUCUAGCUACCAAUCCUAUUAUGGAAGCAUUUGGUAAUGCAAAAACAUCACGUAACGAUAACAGUUCACGUUUUGGUAAAUACAUUGAGAUUCAAUUUGACAAGGAUGCAAAUAUUAUUGGCGCAAAAAUCAAAACUUAUCUCUUGGAACGGUCAAGAUUAAUUUUCCAGCCGGAAAUUGAAAGAAAUUAUCACAUCUUUUAUCAACUGUGUGCUGGCGCACCUACAAAAGAAAAAAAAGAUUACGAACUUGGACAUUACAGCGAAUUUCAUUAUUUAAACCAAAGCGGUGUAGGUGAAAUUCCGGGUGUUGACGAUGCAGAGGAAUUCGAAGUUACCCAAAAGGCCUUGUCAACUGUUGGAUUGUCUGUAGAUCUGCAGUGGAAGAUUUUCCGUAUUCUAGCCGCUUUACUUCAUAUCGGUAAUAUCAAAGUAACAGGCCGUGGUGAUGCCAUGUUAUCAGAUACGGAUCCAGCGCUUUUAAAUGCCACUCGUUUAUUGGGAAUAAGCACAGCUGAAUUUCGAAAAUGGAUUGUACGCAAGCAGAUUAUCACCCGUUCGGAGAAAAUUGUCACCAAUUUAAGCCCAACUCAAGCUCAUGUGGUUAAAGAUUCGGUUGCUAAAUAUAUCUAUUCAAACCUUUUCGAUUGGCUUGUUGGUAUCAUCAAUGAUAGUCUUUCAGCCUCUGAUGAAGAAUCCGUCAAAAACUUCAUUGGUGUUUUGGAUAUUUACGGUUUUGAACAUUUCAAAAAAAAUUCAUUCGAGCAAUUUUGUAUUAAUUAUGCAAACGAAAAACUCCAGCAGCAAUUUAAUCAGCAUGUAUUUAAGCUGGAACAGGAAGAAUAUAUGCGUGAAAAGAUCAACUGGACAUUUAUCGAAUUUAGCGACAACCAAAAGUGUAUUGAAAUGAUUGAGGGAAAAUUGGGUAUUUUAUCACUUUUAGAUGAGGAAUCACGUCUUCCUGCAGGCACAGAUCAAGGAUUCUGUCAAAAAUUGUAUGCCAAUUUCAGUGCGCCCGAGCACAAAAACUAUUUCAAAAAGCCUCGUUUCUCCAGUGAAGCAUUUACAAUUGCACAUUAUGCCCAUGAUGUACAAUAUGAAGCCGAAAAUUUUCUGGAAAAGAAUAAGGAUUCCGUACCCGACGAACAUCUCCAGUUAUUGCAAAAUUCUGAAUUUUCUUUCCUCGACGAAGUCCUGACUAAAGCCGCUGCCAAUGUUGCUUCUCCUGUCGAGAACAAGAGAAAGAGUAUGGUCGUUAGAAAGCCCACGCUCGGAUCUAUUUUCAAAAACUCAUUGAUUAACUUGAUGGACACAAUCGGAGAAACCAAUGUGCAUUAUAUUCGUUGUAUCAAACCAAACGAAGCUAAAAUUGCAUGGGCCUUUGAAGCACCUAUGGUUCUUUCUCAGCUCCGUGCAUGUGGUGUAUUGGAAACCAUUCGCAUUAGUUGUCUUGGAUAUCCUUCUCGUUGGACUUUUGAAGAAUUUGCUGAUCGCUAUUAUGCUCUUGUCUCAUCUAGUCAUUGGGAUCCAAAAGCUAACCCGGAUGUUAGGGAAUUAUGCCAAGUUAUUCUUGACUCAUGCAUCACUGAUACAGACAAGUACCAAGUUGGUGAAACUAAAAUAUUUUUCCGUGCUGGACAGUUGGCUUAUCUUGAGAAACUUCGAUCUGAUAGAUUUUAUGCCUGUGCUACAGUUCUUCAAAAGAAUAUCAGAAGAUUUGUAUACCGUCAGCGUUAUGUACGCAUGCGUGAUAUGGUCAUCAAACUACAAGCUGUUACUCGCAGAAUUAUUGCUCAAAAGGAGCUUGUUCAACUUCGACAAGAAAGAGCUGCGAUCAUUGUCCAAAAGAACUUUCGUAGAUUCACCGCCCGUAAAGAAUUUUUGGCCAAGAAAGACUUUGCUACAAAAUUACAAAGACUUAUCCGUGCUCGUAAGGCUCGCCAAGAGUUUGAGAGAUUACGCGAGAAUAAUGCAGCCAUUCAGAUACAACGACUUGUCAGAGGUGUACUUGCUCGCAGAUGGUACCAAACCCAACUUCAAAAGGUUAUAUUUUUACAAUCUUGCAUUCGUCGUCGGGCAGCUCGCAAACAGCUCUUGUUGUUGAAAGCGGACGCCAAGUCUGCUGAUCAUUUCAAGGAGGUUUCUUACAAGUUGGAAAACAAGGUGGUCGAAUUAACUCAAAACGUCACAUCUCUCAAGACAGAAAAGAAAGAAUUGGUUGUCAAGGUAUCUCACCUCGAAAAACAAGUUCGUCAUUUGACAGAAAAGCACGAAAAGAUGGAAAAGGAGGCAAAGACAAUGGAACUUAAACUUCGUGAAAACAGUGUUCCAAAAAUUGAAUAUGACGCUCUUAUGAUGGAAAAGGAAAAGAUCAGCUCCGAGCAUACUGCUGCUAUGGAAAAAAUUUCAUUGUUGACAAUAGAAAUGGAUUCAAUCCGAACCCAAUUAAAGGCAGAAAAGCAAAAGAAUGAAGAGCUAUCAAAGGUCGAAGUUCCUAACAAUAACGAAGAGAUUACAGACUUAAAAUCACAAAUUGUGGCGUUGAAGGCCCAACUUGUAAAAUCUAUGCACACUCGUCAACAGCAAUCUUCUUUACCACCUAUCGGCAUUAAAUCAAGAACCAUGUCACCUUCUGGAAACCAAAGACGCCUGACCCCGAGACUUGGUGAUGACAGUCCUAUUUUGGAAAAAGAAGACGAUAUUAAACCCCUUCGACAAAAUAGUGUUCUGACACACAGAAAGGUUCGUCGUAACAGUUCCGCUGAAGUUACUGGCAACAUUCCCAGAACAUCUAUUGAUCAAGUCCGCAAGGCUGAACUUUUAAAUGGCGGUAAGACCAGACCUACAUCAGUUGGACAAUCAAAUACUAUUGCUGGUGGAAAGAGUAGCGUUUUGGAUGAAAUCUCUGAUGACCCUGAAGAAGAGAUUAAUGCCAUCCUUCGUCAAGAAGACCCUCUUAGAGAAGAAUUUACUGUGGGCCUCAUUCACUCACUUAAAAUAUCUUUGCCAAAUGAAAAGAACCCACCUUCUCAAAAAGAAGUGCUCUUUCCUGCACAUCUUAUUAGUAUGUGUAUCAAUGGUAUGUGGAGAAUUGGUUACAACCGUGAAUCAGAGAAUUUCUUAUUUUCCAUUAUGGACACAAUUCAGAAGCAAUGUUUGAGCUAUACAGGAGAGGAUGCAUUCUUUUCUUGUGCGAUCUGGCUUACCAAUGUUCAUGAAUUAUUGUCCCUGAUUGUGCAAUCCGAGAGCAGUAUUGAAAACGAUAUGCAAGAACGGGGACAGACAAUUGGUUUGCGUGAAUUCGAGAAACUUUUCCAGACCAUUAAAUUCGAAAUGCAAUGCCUCGAGGAUAAUAUUUUCCAUGUUUGGAUGAAAGAAAUCAAGAGAAAAUACAGCAAGAUGAUCAUUCCUGCAGUUAUUGAAAGUCAGUCACUUCCUGGAUUUGUCACCAACGAUUCCGGUAGAUUCUUCAAUAAGUUAUUACUGGGAUCAACUGGACCUGCCUAUAAUAUGGAUGAUUUAUUGGGUUUAUUGAAUAAGGUGCAUAUGAUUAUGAACUGUUAUUUCAUUGAACCUUCUGUAAUCAAUCAGGUAUUGACAGAACUGUUGAAAAUGACGGGUAUUAUGGCAUUCAAUGAUCUUUUAAUGAGAAAGAACUUUUCAUCGUGGAAGAGAGCUAUGCAAAUCCAGUAUAACAUUACUAGACUUGAAGAAUGGUGUAAAAGCCAUGGUAUACCCGAGGGUACACUCCAAUUGGAACAUUUGAUGCAAGCCACCAAAUUGUUGCAAUUUAAAAAGGCUACCUUGGAAGACAUUGAAAAUAUUUAUGAUGUCUGUUGGAUUUUAUCACCUACUCAAGUUCAAAAGUUGAUCUCUCAAUAUCAUGUUGCAGACUACGAAAACCCUAUUCGACCAGAAAUUCUUCGAGCAGUAGCUGCCCGAGUUGUGAGUGGAGAUAAGAGCGACAUGUUACUUUUGGAUUCAGUGUUGAUUGAGGAAACAUCAGCUCCGUAUGAAGUACCUGGUCCUCGUGAAGUCAAGCCUACUCUUUAUUUACCAGCUUGGAUUCAUUUGAAACGUAUUCGCCGUUUAACUUUGCUAGAGGAGGCGCUUGCUGAAAAAAGUGAUCCAGCGAGACCUUUGUCAGGUGCUGCUACAUUGGUUGAAGAACCCACAUUGUUACCGUAAAUCCUUUUUUCAAAAAGUGAGAAAAAAAUAGUUUCUCCUGUAAAAUAUGCAUAUAAUUAAUAUAUAUACACCGUGUUAGCACAACAUUAUAAAAUAAAUAUUUAAUCUAAUUGAAA